AUGCUUGGCUUUGCAAACAAUCAGGCGAUUAUUAAUCCUCGGAAAGGAGGUGGUUCUGGAAUGGUAUGGCUUUCUGACGUAUCAUGUACGGGAUCCGAAGGAGACGUUGGCGACUGCAAACAUUCUCCCUGGGCAGCGAACAACUGUGCACACAGUGAAGAUGUUGGAAUUUGUUGC